ACCGAUUGUAAUUAUCACACGCAUUGAUUUGUGUAUCUCCGUUGAGCGCGGUGGUGGGUGAGAAUUUGAGAUGAGUGUGUUUUUUUUAUUUAUUUUCGGUGUGUUUUGUGCGGCGCGAGCCAGACAAGACACCGGAUACCCAGCCGGAUUGAUGGCAGACUGCCCAGGUAUGAAUAGAAGCACGACUUUCUCCAAAGAGACCCUGAAGUCUCUAUCAGUGGUGGUGAUGAAGCCAUCGCAGAGUCUCCUCGGGACCUUAAUGGGGAGUGGGGAGAAACGGUGCCAACUCAGCGAAGAGGGCGCUGAAUGCGUUGCCAACUUCAUCGAUCUUAAGAAGAAGAAGAUACAGGUGCUGAUAAGCGGCUACAUGGAUGCUUCCUUCUCUCCUCUGGUCCGCACGAUGACGGGAGUGUACUUAUCGCAGGGUCGGACCAUCAUAGUUGUCGAAAUAUUCCCACUACUGGUUCGUACUUAUCCAGUGGCUGCUCGAGUGACGAGGCCUCUAGGUGAGCUCUUGGGCGUAUUCCUGGCCUCACUGACGCGGCGGGGGCUGCCUCCGAGCCAGCUGCAGUUGGUGGGCGGCAGUCUUGGGGCACACGUUGCCUCCUUCGCUGCUGUCAAAUACCGCCAGCUCACUGGCCGCCGUCCGGCGCGGUUGACAGGGUUAGACCCGGCUGGCCCCUGCUUCCGCAACUUGCCGGCAACGGAGAGGUUUCACCGCGACGCAGCGGAGCGCACAGACGCCCUCCAUACCAACAUUGAUGGGUUCGGCAUCGCGGACGCCGUGGCCCACGUUGACUUUUAUGCCAAUGGAGGUGAAUUCCAACCAGCCAUGGUGGGAGACUUCAUUCUGCCGUGCUUCCUGCUCUGCAGCCACGUGAGGGCAGCGUACUACUGGAUACUGGCCUACAAGAACCCAGAUAAGUUCCUCGCCGUGCGGUGUGACUCCGUCGCCGACGCGCGCCUCGGCCGCUGCUACCACGGCGGAACCAACAGCCAAACCAACCUGCUCGGACCAAAGACAAACUUCACCACCCCAGGAGUAUACUACCUACCCACCAAAGAAACUCCGCCAUACUAUCUAGACGACGCCACGUCCGCAAGAGAAUACGGCGCCAACAACUACCUACUCAAGACUGCACGAGACGAAGACAUGGUACUAUGACAUAAAAUAAAACAUUCUCACAUUA